AUGGAUGAUUUUGAUAUAUAUAAUGAUGAUAACUUUGGUAAUAAUGAAAAUACAAGUCAAGAUGACAUAUACCCAGAUAUUUUGAAUUCAGAAGAAGCUGCCCUUGUUGGCGAAGAUGAUUUAUUUGGAGAUUUUAUGGAAGGUGAAAAGGGAUAUGAAGUUAAGUUGGAAAAUACUGAUGAGGACAAUAAAAAUCUUGGUAGUGAUAACACCAGUAUUAUUGCAACUGAAGGUCAAACACAAAACGUACAACGUGCCUCAUCAACUACUAGUAAUGGAAGCCAAACUAUGAUGGAUCGUAAAUCUGUUUCUAAUGCUACAAAUGCAUUAUACAUUGGCGAUUUAAAUUGGUGGACAACUGAUGAAGAUCUUUGUGCUGUAGCACGUGAUGUUGGAGUUUUAUCUGAAGUUAAAGAGAUUACUUUCUAUGAACAUAAAUGUUGCUUAUAUAAAAAAUGCUUAGUAAAUUUCACAAGUUCAGCAAAUGGUAAUCCUUUCAAAACUGUUCCAAAAGAACCACAAUCAAAAGCUUCUCGUCAACAACAAUCAUCAGUGCAACAAAGAUCUACAACAUCUGGAAAUUUACCAAUCCGUCCUAUUAUGAGACCAAAUGCAGCAGCUGGUGGUGGUAAUAGUGGAGGAAUGGAUUUUCAUAAUCGUAAUUCAUCAGCAGCAUUCAGAAACGGACAAAUGGUUCCGACCCCAAGAGAUUUCUUUUCACAAAAUAUGUCACCAUAUGGUACCGGUGCUUUCGGAACAGGAGCGGCAGGAGCAGGUAGAGUUGGUUAUAUGAAUGGUUUUGGUGGACCUAAUGAUGCAUCUUUUAUGAUGGCUCGUGGUAGAAUGAUGAAUGCAGCUGCGAUGCAAAAUCAAGCAGCAGCAGCAGCUAGACAAAGAAUGAUGAGUCGUGGCAUGAUGCGUGGUGCUUAUAGCGAAGAUUUCAUGGGUGGUGGUGGUAUGAGUAAUUUUGCUACACCGACAGGACCAGCAGCAGGAUAUCCUGCACCACAUUUUAAUCCAGCAUUUUUCGAUCAAGGAUUAGGAAAUGAGGAUGUACCAGUAGCACCAAGAGGACAAAGUCAAACAACUACUUCUAAUCGAUCAAUCACAAAUUUUCGUGAUUAG